AUGUCAUUAGCAGGAGCAUUGAGAUCGGCAACAACUUCAACAAUUAAACAAGCUGUUAACAAUUCAACAACAAAAGUAAGACCUAGGAUUCAAAAAAAAGCAGCAUUGACAAUCACGCCUUCAGCUGUAAAGAGACUACGUCAACUUGUCGAGGGUCCAGAUCCAAAAUUGAUCAGAGUAGCUGUAAAAAACAAAGGUUGCGCAGGAUUGUCUUAUGACUUGGAGCUCACCAAAGAAAAAGGAAAAUUUGAUGAAGUGGUAACUCAAGAGGGAGUUAAUGUUUUAAUUGAUUCUAAAUCGCUUUUUAAAAUGCUUGGUUCAGAAAUGGAUUAUGUCGAGGACAAAUUAUCUUCUAAAUUUGUUUUUAAUAAUCCAAAUGUUAAAGAAAGUUGUGGAUGUGGUGAAAGUUUUUUGAUAUGA